AUGGAGCGCCGACAAAGAUUCGUGGCGAAGGCCGUGGAGCAAGCGAUCAAAUGCUUCGACAGCGGCCAAUGGACGACAGGAAUGGCGAAGGCGAAGGCUGCAAUGCAGCUGAUGGAGGCCCUGGAGGAGCCUGGCGCGUCCGACCUGGAUCUGGCGUUGCUGCUUGGCGGGCUCUGUCUAGCCGAAGCUGCAAGCGGAUGCUGGGCUGAGGCGCUCUCGUUAUGUUGCAAGCACUCCGGGGCCAUUGCGGAUGAGAUGUUGAAGGACUGGCUCCUUCAGGGCUGGUCGGACGAGUCCAACACCCUCAUGUCCGGUGAUACCAUCCAGUUCACCGGAGCACAACAUGCCCAGUUGACGGGACUCGUCAUGGGCCCAUCUGCGGAAUUUGGAUCAUGGCAAGUUCGAGUGACAGGGGCGGCCAGCGAGGCCUCUGCAGCCCUGGGCCCUGGCGAAGCAGCGGCUUCGGUGCCGGAGGCCGUGGAGGAAGCCGGCGAUGUCCUGGAGGUGAUUGAGGCUGAGGCCGCCCUUCUGACUUUGCGGCUUUCUGAGGAGCAGCAGCUGCGAUGGAAGUCCUUGCAGGAGGAGAUGCCAAAUCUUUUUCAGAAGAGGAUGAGUUCGGACAACGAGGCCAGAUGGAGAAAGCUCUUCAGCGCAGCUGCCCAGAAGUUUCGCCGUGGGCCCCUGAUAGGGUCAUCUGCCGAGGAGUCGGGGCUGCCACUGGAGCAGACCUUUGCUGCAACCCUCUACGACUGCAUCUUGGAGCAUCGUCAAAGCUGUGGCGCUCAGGCAGAGCUCACUGUGGAUGUCUUGGGAUGCCGGCCGGCCCUGGAACUGGAUGAGCCUCUUUGCGCUCUGGUGGCCAUCAUCCAGGUCCUUCCACAAUGCCUGAAGACACUGGUCGUCCGAAUGUGCGGCCCAGAAGUACCGGAGGACUACCAGCUCUUGCGGGACGUGGAAGGCCGCCAUCUCGUUCUUGAGGUGAGGAAAGGCCUUUACCAUGACCUCUACCCAGACUCGCAGGCCGAUCUUGUCAUAGCGAUGAACGCUGGGAUGGGCGUGCCUCAGUAUGCCAAGAUGUGGGGCCCAACUCUGACUUCGCUGUCUCAGCGGCGAGGAGGUUUGCUAGCGGUGACUUCGUAUUCUCCGGGGGAGCUGAUCCGGGAGGAGAAGCUUCUUAGACGUCUUUGGCCUCUUUGCAUCUCGCCUGCGUCGCCGGAUCUGAAGGAGAUCCUUCUCACGAUGCGGGCCGGCCAGAGACUUACGCUGCAGCGCAGCGUGGGCGCGACGACGCUACGGGGCACUGAGGUCAGCCUGAAACGCGGGGAUGUACUCGAGUUUGUCAGCAGAGCAGCCGAUGGACUGCAUGUGGUUUGCAGGGAGACGCUGCUUUACGUCGGACCAAACCUGACACCGGGCCGGAACCGAAACUUCGGGAAGCUGGUCCUACGGUCUGCUCUGGCUAGCAUUGAGAACAUGGACAACCGCUUCGACCGCAAAGCCUGGCACAACGUCAAGGCGACCAUGUCGGGCUUCUGGGAGUUUCCGGACCUCAAGAAGCCCGAGGGCAACAUGCUGAUGAGUGCCGAGUUCGUGAACAGCCUGCGGCUCUGA